UCAGUCUCUAGGAAAACUAUUUUUCUUUUUUCACAAAACUGUUUGUUCAAUUCCAAUAUAUGUUUUCGUAUCAAUUUUUAAUUGCUGAAUAACUAAUUACACACAUCCACGAUCUCCCCUCUAAAUUCCAAAACCCUAGGCGUGGUUCCACAUCCAUACCCACCGAUCCAAUCCCAUCCACUCCAGUUCCAUUCAUCCAUGGCGGACGAGGCAGUCCCGUCGGCGUCCCAGUCACCUUCGUCGACGUCAUCGGCCCCGCCGCUGGGCCACUCGGUGAUUCCCAUAGUCAACAAGCUUCAGGACAUCUUCGCGCAGCUCGGGAGCCAGUCGACCAUCGAGCUCCCACAGGUCGCCGUGGUCGGGAGCCAGAGCAGCGGCAAGUCCAGCGUGCUCGAGGCCCUAGUCGGCCGCGACUUCCUACCCAGGGGAUCGGAAAUCUGCACUCGGAGGCCGCUCGUGCUGCAGUUGUUGCAGACGAAGAGGAAGCCGGACGGGACGGAGGAGGAGUACGGGGAGUUCCUCCAUUUGCCGGGGAAACGGUUCUUCGAUUUCUCAGAGAUUCGGAGAGAAAUUCAGGCUGAGACAGAGAGGGAAGCAGGAGGCAACAAAGGUGUCUCAGACAAGCAGAUUCGUCUGAAGAUUUUUUCACCAAAUGUUCUUGAUAUCACCCUUGUGGAUCUACCGGGUAUAACCAAGGUUCCUGUUGGUGACCAGCCCUCUGAUAUUGAAGCACGAAUUAGGACAAUGAUCAUGUCGUACAUUAGAACACCAAGUUGUCUAAUUCUGGCUGUUACACCAGCAAAUUCAGAUUUAGCAAAUUCAGAUGCGCUUCAGAUUGCUGGAAAUGCUGAUCCUGAUGGUCAUAGAACCAUAGGUAUAAUCACAAAGUUGGAUAUAAUGGAUAGAGGUACUGAUGCCCGUAAUUUAUUGCUUGGGAAAGUGAUUCCCCUCCGACUUGGAUAUGUGGGAGUUGUUAAUCGUAGUCAAGAGGAUAUUAUGCUCAACCGGAGUAUAAAAGAUGCUCUUGUGGCUGAGGAAAAGUUCUUCCGGAGUCGUCCAGUAUAUAAUGGUCUAGCUGAUCGCUGUGGCGUUCCUCAGUUGGCAAAGAAGCUGAACCAGAUUCUAGUACAACAUAUCAAGACAGUGCUUCCGGGGCUGAAGUCACGCAUAAGCUCUACGCUGGUUUCUGUUGCCAAGGAGCACGCAAGUUAUGGAGAAAUCACAGAAUCAAAGGCUGGUCAGGGAGCUCUUCUUCUUAACAUUCUUUCAAAGUACUCUGAAGCAUUUUCUUCGAUGGUGGAGGGGAAAAAUGAAGAAAUGUCAACAUUGGAGCUGUCUGGUGGAGCAAGAAUUCACUAUAUUUUUCAAUCAAUCUUUGUCAAGAGUUUAGAGGGGGUGGAUCCAUGUGAGGACCUAACUGAUGAUGAUGUUCGAAUUUCUAUUCAGAAUGCAACUGGCACUAGAUCUGCAUUAUUUGCUCCAGAAGUGCCGUUUGAGGUUCUUGUUCGAAGGCAAAUAGCACGACUAUUGGAUCCAAGCCUUCAGUGUGCCAGGUUCAUAUAUGAUGAAUUGAUUAAGAUAAGCCACCACUGUCUAGUCAAUGAACUGCAGCGAUUCCCUGUUUUGAGAAAGCGUAUGGAUGAAGUUAUAGGCAACUUUCUCCGAGAAGGCCUUGAACCCUCGGAAACAAUGAUUGGGCAUCUUAUUGAGAUGGAGAUGGACUACAUAAACACUUCCCACCCAAAUUUUAUUGGUGGGAGUAAAGCUGUAGAGAUUGCAAAGCAACAGCUUCCUAAGGUCUCUCUCCCUCUUUCCAGGCAAAAGGAUGGUUUAGAGCCUGAUAAGGUGCCGACAUCAGAAAGAAGUGUGAAGUCUCGAGCCAUGCUUGCCAGGCAAGCCAAUGGAGUUGUGUCUGAUCAGGGUGUUAAGCCUGUGGGUGACAUCGAAAAAGUCACAUCGUCUGGAAAUACAAGUGGUUCAAGUUGGGGAAUUUCAUCAAUUUUUGGCGGAAAUGAUAACCGCACUUCUGGAAAAGAAAGCUUCAUAAACAAGUCAUUUAGUGAACCUGUUCACAGUUUGGAGCAAUCCGUCUCUAUAAUCCAGUUGAGAGAGCCCCCAAGUGUCUUGAGGCCAACAGAAAACCAAUCAGAGGAGGAGGCUAUUGAAAUUAUAGCCAUAAAGCUGCUGUUGAGAUCAUACUAUGACAUUGUUCGGAAGAACAUCGAGGACUGUGUCCCUAAAGCAAUUAUGCACUUUCUGGUAAACCAUACGAAACGUGAGCUGCACAAUGUUUUCAUAAAAAAGCUUUACCGAGAGAACCUGCUUGAAGAGAUGUUGCAGGAGCCAGAGGAGGUAGCGAUGAAGAGAAAGCGCACUCGAGAAACACUCCGAAUUCUUCAACAGGCUUUCCGGACAUUGGAUGAAUUGCCUCUAGAAGCUGAAACAGUUGAGAAGGGUUACAGUUUGGGCACUGAUCCGACGGGGUUGCCAAAGAUCCAUGGUCUGCCAACAUCAUCUCUGUAUUCUAUGAGCAGUUCCAAUGAUUCCUACUCAGCUUCUCCCAAAAAUCCAAAGUCCCGAAAGUCAUCUCUCGGGGAGCUUCAGCCACCAAUCUAUGGUAAUGCAGACUCUAAUGGAAGUGGACGCAUGUACAUGCCAGGUCUCUAUCCAACGGUGGAUCUGUAAGGUAUUUGACUCUGCGUAUUGGUCCAUGUCUUUUUUUAACGAUAUCAAGGCUUUGUUAUUUAUUUCAUUACCCUGUCCAACUUUGGAGAUGGUUGGAAUUCGAGCUGUCAGGGCUGGCUCGUCGGUGGGGGAGUCAGCAUAUUCUCUCCUACCUAGAUUUUGUGCAAAGCCAGAUAUUGGUAUCAUUUUCUUCUUUAUAUGUUUC